AUGCCAAGCGGAGCCCAGCCCCACCAAGCCGAGGCAAAGCAUGUCAAGCCAAGCCAAGGCAACGCAAGCCAAGCCAAGGCAAAACCAGGCGAGGCGAGGCGAGGCGAGGCGAAGCAAGACAAGGCAAGGUCAGGCCAGGCCAGGGAAAUUAAGUUAAACCAAGGCAAGGCAAUGCAAGGAAAACAAGGCAAGACAAGGCAAGGCAAGGCAAGGCAAGUCAAGGCAAGGCAAGGCAAGGUAAGGCAAGCGAAGCCAAUCAAAGCCAAGCGGAGCCCAGCCCCACCAAGCCGAGCUAAAGCAAGUCAAGCCAAGGCAAGACAUUGCAAGCCAAGCCAAGGCAAAGCCAGGCGGCGAGGCGAGGCGAGGCGAGGCGAGGCGAGGCGAGGCGAGGCGAGGCGAGGCGAGGCGAAGCAAGGCAAGGCAAGGUCAAGCCAGGCCAGGGAAAGUAAGUUAAUCCAAGGCAAGGCAAGGCAAGGAAAACAAGGCAAGACACGGUAUUGCAGGGGAAGGCAAGGCAAGGGAGGCAAUGCGAGAAGAACGAGGCAAGACAGGCAAGGCAGGGCAAGGCAAGGCAAGGCAAGGCAAAGCAAGGCAAGGCAAGGCAAGGUAAGGCAAGCGAAGCCAAUCAAAGCCAAGCGGAGCCCAGCCCCACCAAGCCGAGCUAAAGCAAGUCAAGCCAAGGAAAGACAUUGCAAGCCAAGCCAAGGCAAAGCCAGGCGAGACGAGGCGAGGCGAGGCGAGGCGAAGCAAGGCAAGGCAAGGUCAAGCCAGGCCAGGGAAAGGGAAGGCAAGGCAAGGGAGGCAAUGCGAGAAGAACGAGGCAAGACAGGCAAGGCAGGGCAGGGCAAGGCAAGGCAAGGCAAGGCAAGGCAAGGCAAGGCAAGGCAAAGCAAGGCAAGGCAAGGCAAGGUAAGGCAAGCGAAGCCAAUCAAAGCCAAGCGGAGCCCAGCCCCACCAAGCCGAGCUAAAGCAAGUCAAGCCAAGGCAAGACAUUGCAAGCCAAGCCAAGGCAAAGCCAGGCGAGACGAGGCGAGGCGAGGCGAGGCGAAGCAAGGCAAGGCAAGGUCAAGCCAGGCCAGGGAAAGUAAGUUAAUCCAAGGCAAGGCAAGGGGAAGGCAAGGCAAGGGAGGCAAUGCAAGUCAAGCCAAGGCAAGACAUUGCAAGCCAAUCCAAGGCAAAGCCAGGCGAGACGAGGCGAGACGAGGCGAGGCGAAGCAAGGCAAGGCAAGGUCAAGCCAGGCCAGGGAAAAUAAGUUAAUCCAAGGCAAGGCAAGGCAAGGCAAGGAAAACAAGGCAAGACACGGUAUUGCAGGGGAAGGCAAGGCAAGGGAGGCUAUGCGAGAAGAAAGAGGCAAGACAGGCAAUGCAGGGCAAGGCAAGGCAACGCAAAGCAAGGCAAGGCAAGGCAAGGCAAGGCAAGGCAAGAAAAGGCAAGGCAUAGCAAGGCAAGCCAAGCCAAGCCCCGCCAAACCAAGGCAAAGCAAGCCAAGUCAAGGCAAGGCAAGCGAGGCGAGGCCAGGCCAGGCAAAGCAAGCCAAGUCCCGCCAAACCAAGGCAAAGCGAGCCAAGUCAAGGCAAGGCAAGUCGAGGCGAGGCGAGGCGAGGCCAGGCCAGGUCAGACCAGGCCAGUCCAGGCAAGGCAAAGUAAGUUAA